AUGCUUUACUUCCAAGCUGCUGCUGUUUUGAUUUUGACAUCGGCAUUCAGACACGUGGAGACUUCAGACCAGUCGUUUGCUCUCUGUGAUGGUCAAAAAGGUUUUAUCCGCUGCAUAAAAGGAACCCAGAUUCAGAUUUUAUCUGCAAACUACGGACGGACAGAUGAACACGUUUGUCCUACUGGUAAUAUCAAAACUCGUACCUGUCGCUCGAAGACGUCUGAAAUCAAGACAAAAUGGAACUGCAAUGGGUACAGGACGUGCCACAUUCACGCCGCUGUUCAACACUUUGGAGAUCCGUGCCCUAAUCACUCUAAAUAUCUGGAGGUCAAUUACCGCUGUGUCAAGAAACGCGACACGUUUCCAAAAGGUCAAAUUAUUGCAUUUAAUGCAUACAAUACAAAGUCAUUACACCUCAACAAAGGUUCUCCCGUUAACGUUGUCUAUGAUGGCGUAUAUUACAACCAUGGAAACGCCUACAACAAGCACACGGGUGUCUUCACGGCUCCAUCUGACGGACUGUACCUAUUUUCUUGGUCAAGUUGUGUGGCACCAAAUAAGGCCUUCGAUGUGGAAAUCCUUCUCAAUGGACAAAGAAAAGGAAUUGGAAACUGCAACAAUGAAGGAAGCAAAGGGUAUGAAAACUGUUCAAAUACAUUUCCACUGGUUUUGAGGUCCGGUGAUAAGGUCAAUAUCCGUACAGUAUAUGGAAAUUAUUUGCACGGUGGAGGCUGGUCCAACUUUUCUGGAUGGAAAGUCUAAAGACAUGUAUAAGCGGAAUAAAACAUGGGUAAAAGCUACAUUUUCU